GAAAAGUAUGGCAGACGAUAAAUCAAGUUUAUUAAAAGGAAAACAGAAUGACCUGGAACAGGGAAUUUAUUAUGAACAAUCGCCUGCAACCAUCAGCAUCAUACUUAGCAUGGUCCGAGGGACAGAGCUUGGAACCUAUGGCGGCGGACAUUUCAUGCUUGGCAUAACUCUUAUAGGGUUCGUGGUUCUGGAAAUAUUCAUGAUAGUUUUUAUUCGGAGAGGCGAUUUACCGAAAGAGAAGACAUGGUUUCUGUACUUUGUUGGGGGAUGUGUUAUACUUGAAGCAAUAUUUACAGACAUCCUAUUGUAUCAAUGAAAACUUUUUUAUUCAAAAAGAAAAAAAUGUGACUAAAUUAUUCCCGAUCUUUUUCAUGAAAAGUUAAAAUCAACUGUAAUUAAUGAGUUAGCACAAUUAUUUCCUACUAAAUAUGCAUAUUGUUUUGUUUUUAUUUCGUUUUCCUAUCACAUAAUGUCGUUUGUUUGUUUGUUUGUUUGUUCGUUUUUUAUGGAAUGCCAAAUGAUAUCCAGUGUACAUAAAGAGUUAUAUUUCUUUGUUUUUGUUUUCGAAAAUGUUAAAUUUCAAAUUAUUUUUAUGU